AUGAAUCCAUCAGAUACGCUUCCGCUAUUCGGUUAUGAUUCUCAAUUAUUCAAUAUGAAUGCUCCUGGGAUUAAUCGAUUUAUUUCGAAUAAAGUUAAAUCCAAUUCUAACAGAACGGACACGAAAGGUACUUGUCUCGGCUCGCGGCUGUUGUCCGAGGUGGCUCGAACGACGGCGGCUGAACGGAAGGUCGCCGGUGGAAGAGGGGCUCAAGGCCAGCCCUCAGCCGUCGGAAAUCGGGUGGCUCUCGGAAUUUGCUGUUCUUGGUCGGGGUUGCUCACGGCAGCUGUUGUUGGUCGCAGAAGAGGGUUCGCGAUGGGUGGUUCGCUGCGUGAGGGGCUCGUCGCUGGUGGCUCAACGCUGACGAAUGUUGAUGUUCCACGGCUACGGUUCUCGGCGAGGCUGGGACGCCGGCGGAUCUGCAACGGUUUCUUUGUGCGUGAGGUUCAAUUAUGUCGAGAAGGGAAGAGAGGGCUCUGGGCCGAUGCUCCACCUUACGGCAUCGAUUACCCUUCUCAUCGACCUACGGUUCAUUUUUCGAACAGGCGUAACAUUCCAGAUAUUAGUGAACACAUGGGCUCGGAGCCCACAUUGCCAUACUUGAGCCCACAGCUUAGAGGGCCCAGAUUAAGAGUUGGUGCUAACUGUGCUUCUGUUGGAGUUGGCGUGCUUAAUGAUACUGGAAUUCAGUUGGUUAAUGUAAUUAGGAUAUAUCAACAACUGGAUUAUUUUAAGAAGUACCAACGGAGAUUGAGAGCACUGAUAGGAGAAGAGGAGGCUGAAAGACUUGUGGCCGAGUCAUUGACUCUGAUCACUUUAGGUGGAAACGAUUUUGUCAAUUAUUACUAUUUGGUCCCUUACUCUGCAAGGUCUCGCCAAUUUACCCUCGAAAAUUAUGUGCCCUUUGUCAUAUCUGAGUAUGAAAAAAUUAUUGCAGGGUGCGUCCCGGCCGAGUUGGCGCUGCAUAGUAGAAACGGCGGGUGUGCUGAAGAGCUUCAAAAGGCAACCCAGCUGCUUAACCCUCAGCUCAAGAGAUUUAUAACCUCAAAGAUAGCUUGUUGUGGGCAAGGCCCAUACAAUGGGCUGGGCCUUUGCACACCACUCUCAAACUUGUGUCCAAACAGAGAUUUAUACGUCUUCUGGGAUCCAUUACAUCCAUCUGAAAGGGCCAAUAGAAUUAUAGUCCAGCGUAUCUUGAGAGGCUCUGAAGAGUACAUGAAGCCCAUGAACCUCAAGCACCAUUAUGGCUUUGGACUCAAGGGCUUUGAAAAUGUCAUUGGAUUUUGGAACAACCUUAACUACACAAAGCACAACAGUCACCUAAGCAGCUGGAGAAUAGCCAGGAUUAAGAGACGCCUGGACAAAAUUAACAAGCCACCAGUUGUCGCCAUUGAGAGCCCGGAUGGUGAUAUAAUAGAUUGUAUUCGUAAAAGGAAACAACUGGCUAUGGAUCAUCCAAUUUUGAAGAAUCACAAGAUCCAGAGCAUCCCACCAAAAAUGCCUAAGGCAACUAAAGUGGAUGGAGCAAACACCACUAAAAGGGCCGAUGGACACAAACGAUUAUGGCAAAUGUGGCAUCAAACUUGCCGUUCGUGCCCAAAUGGGACUGUGCCGGUCAGGCGUAUCACGGUUCACGACGUGCUUAGAGCCAAAUCUUUGUACCGUUUUGGCAAAAAACGAGCAUUUAGGGCUCCGUCUCACGCCAACUAUACCCGCCUUACGGGUGAAAACAACCAUAUUUCCGUUGCCAAUAGCCACAAUAGCCACGAGUACGCGGUGGCAUACACCACGUUUCCAGAAGGGAUAUACGGGGCAAAAGCGGGAAUUAACUUGUGGGACCCGACCGUGAAGUCACCAUACGAGUUUAGUCUGUCACAAAUUUGGGUUGCCGCUGGCUCGUACCAUAACUUGGACCUCAAUACCGUUGAAGCUGGUUGGCAUGUUGAUCCGCAGUUGUAUGGUGACAAUAGGCCAAGAUUAUUCACCUUUUGGACGAAAGAUGCAUAUCAAUCUACAGGAUGCUACAAUCUAUUGUGCUCAGGGUUCGUGCAAGUAAGCAACCAAAUACUAGUUGGAGGUGCAAUUUCCCCCUUCUCCACCCUAGGUGGACCUCUAUAUGAGAUUGUCAUCACCAUCUUUAAGGACCCAGAAAAAGGAAAUUGGUGGCUAGCCCUUGGUGAUAAACCUGUGGGCUACUGGCCCAGUGAGCUAUUCUCCCACCUGUCGGAUCGGGCCACCGUGAUUGAGUGGGGAGGUGAGAUUGUAAACUUACGGGCCCAAAAUCAACACACGGCUACUGAUAUGGGCUCGGGCCAUUUUGCAGAAGCUGGUUAUGGAAAAGCAAGUUAUUUCCGAAACCUGGAGAGCCCAGAUGGAGAUAUAAUAGAUUGUAUUCAUAUAACAGAACAACCAGCUAUGGAUCAUCCACUUUUGAAAAAUCACACGAUCCAGAGCAUCCCACCGGAAAUGCCUAAGGCGACUAAAUUGGAAGGAACGAACACUACUAAAAGCGCCGAUGGACACAAUCGAACAUGGCAAAUGUGGCAUCAAACCGGCCAUUCGUGCCCAAAUGGGACUGUGCCGGUCAGACGUAUCACGGUUCACGACGUGCUUAGGGCCAAAUCUUUGUACCAUUUUGGCAAUAAACGAACACAUAUUUUCAAUCGAAAUAGCCACGAGCACGCAGUUGCAUACACCAAGUCAUCGGAAGGGAUUUACGGCGCAAAAGCGGGAAUUAACUUGUGGGGCCCAUCCGUGGAGUCAAAGGGCGAGUUUAGUCUCUCACAAAUCUGGGUUAUGGCUGCCUCAUUCGGCACAGACCUUAACAGCAUCGAAUCUGGUUGGCAGGUUCAAUUUCGUCUUUCAAUCAACCGUACUGCUGCUUAUGCCUUUGAACAAGUUGAUCCACAGAUGUAUGGUGACAAUAGGCCAAGAUUUUUCACGUAUUGGACGAAAGAUGCAUAUCAAACUACAGGAUGCUAUAAUCUAUUGUGCCCAGGGUUCGUGCAAGUAACCAAGCAAAUAGUAGUUGGAGGUGCAAUUUCCCCAGUCUCAAACGACCCAAAAAAGGAAAAUUGGUGGGUGUCCGUUGGCGAUAAGCCUGUGGGCUACUGGCCCAGUACGUUAUUCAACCUCUUAUCGGACCGGGCCACCAUGGUGGAGUGGGGUGGCUAUUUUGCUGAAUCUGGUUACGGAAAAGCCAGUUAUUUCCGUAACUUGGAGAUUGUAGACUAUGAAAACAGUCUGGGCCAAGUCCAAAAAGAUGCAUACCAAACUACAGGAUGCUACAAUCUAUUGUGCCCAGGAUUUGUACAAGUGGACAAGAAAAUAUUAAUUGGAGCUGCAAUUUCACCAUUCUCAACCGUGGGUGGAAGUCAAUUUGAGGUUGUCAUCAGCAUCUUUAAGGACAUAAAAAAUGGAAAUUGGUGGUUGGCCGUUGGUGAUACGCCUGUGGGCUACUGGCCCACUGCGUUGUUCACCCACUUAUCGGACCGGGCCACCAUGGUCGAGUGGGGCGGCGAGAUUGUAAAUAAACGGGCCAACAACCAGCACACUUCUACUCAGAUGGGCUCGGGCCAUCUUGCUGAAGAUGGGUUCGGAAAAGCAAGCUAUUUCCGAAACCUUGAGAUCAUGGACCAGUAUAAUAACCUGGGCUCAGCCCAAGGCGUGACAACAAGUGCUGAGUCCCCUAAUUGUUACAACAUCAAGACUUUUGCCAACAAAAAUUGGGGUACACACUUCUAUUAUGGUGGGCCAGGGAGAAGCCCACAAUGUCCAUGA